AUGAUUCCCAGGGAGUCGAGGACUAUAUUUUCAGCCAACCUCGCUACGUCCUUAAUGUCAACACCUAGUUCCUCGAGGAAGCUCCUUGUUCUUUUUGGGAUAGUUCCGCGAGACCAAAACCAGAGGCCUCUCACGGUGAACUUUCUAUCUCCGUACCUGACGGAGAGAAGACGACAAGCCUUGGCUUCCGAGCUGGGCCUGAACGAGGCGCAGAUCAAGAUCUGGUUCCAGAACAAGAGGGCGAAGAUCAAGAAGGCCUCUGGUAACAGGAACCCUCUGGCUCUUCAGCUGAUGGCACAGGGCCUCUACAACCACUCCACGGUACCAAUGUCCGACGAGGAGUGCGACGAGAACACCGCCUCCAACGGUCGCUAGGAUAUCCUCAAGAUCGGAUCUGGAAGGAUAUACCGAAGUCCGCCGAAUGUCUUAGGCGUCCUCAGAUAGCUUCAAGCCGUAGGAUUGUAUUUUAUACUUAAUUGUAAAAGUCAAUAUAUUAAAAUAUUGUCAUAAUAUUAAUUACGAGACAUUGGGAAGAUAUUUAACAGACUGGAACCAAUCCACAUUGUAUGUAGAAAUGCAUUUGCAUCCACACUUUAAGAUAAAUCAAUUUGGUACUUACAUAAAUUGGUACUACUAAAUAAAUGUCAAUCCACUUUCAUUACAAGUGGUACAAGAUCUCAAGAUCACAUCAUAAAUGGUGAGAGUAUCUAGCGAGUCGAACGUUCAUUUCAAAAAAGUUUCAUAGAAACUGUUGAAAUGGAUCUUUUUAAAAACGUUUCAACUCCUGCUCUGAAAACCUUCUCUAUCCUCGGAUAUUCUCGUAAUCUCAUUUAUAGCGUGAUCGUGGGAUCUUGGCCCACUUAAAGUGGAGUGAUACUCAUAUAAUGGUAUUCAUAAGUUUUCAAUUUUUAUUUGUUAGAAAGUGAAUAUUAAGUUACAUCAAAAGCAAAAAAAAAAAAAGUAUAUAUAUAUAUAUAUAUCAAUAGCGGAUCCAGGAUUUAAUUUGGGGAGUGGCUUCGGCCUUUUUUUUCCAUAAAAAUAACGAUAAUUACUUUCGAAAAACAGAAAGAAACUAACUACCUAUAAGAAAUGGUGUUUAAGUGAUUCCUUAAGUCCUUUUAAAUGUAAUUAAACGAACAAUAAUACUUUAAGAGGUAUUUUAAAAAAAAAAAUUUCCAUAAAAAUGGUUAUUUUUUACCAUUUUGGGAGGAGCUUCAGACCGAAAGCUCCCCCCUCUCUCGUAGCUCGUAUAUAUAUAUAUAUAUAUAUAUAUAUAUAUAUAUAUAUAUAUAUAUAUAUAUAUAAAAACCUAUUCGAAAACACCUCUAACUCAUUUUUCUUUAUUUUGUGGAUUGGUUUCGUUCUGCUUGAUAUCGUUCAAUCAAUCAUUUCUAGCUUCGAAACGCCAAUACUUCUGUUAUUCCCUAAAAUACAAUAGAUAAGUGAUGUAAAAAUUAUAGAUGGUGUAUUAAUGUAAAACAAUUAAUUAAUCUGUUGAAAAUUUAGAUUUUUUUUACGAUCGCAAUGCUUCCCUCCUAUCUUAUUUGAUAUAAGGUAUGAGAAUGUAAAAUUAUUUCUUCUUUUAUAAUUACUUCUUAUAUUAUUGAUAGAAAUUUUUAUACUACAGGAAAGUAUCUUUUCAAAUACAAUUAAAAUUAAUACAUUAUAUUGUAAUUUAUUUAUUUAUUUAAAAUAUAACAGUGUAAGUUUGAAAAAUUGUAUAUCUGGAAUGUUUCAAAAGUAUUUUGUGUCGACGGGAAAGCUAUCUGAGGACGAUGGGAGAAAUGUGUGAAUUCAGAAUUAUGUCGAGAUCUCAAAAGAUUCCUUUAGCACUAGGGAUCAGCAAUACUCAAACAUGUAUUUUUUAUAAAUUAGUAUAUAUAUGAUCUUAGGAAUAUGGAAAUAUUCGAUUGUCUAUAUAUUAUUUUUUUCUCUGUGAAAUGUUUAGUGUAAAAAUAAUCGUGUGUAUUUAUGAAUAUGUUGUAAGUUGUAUUAUAUAAAUAUCAUUAGAUAUGCUACGUUUCCAGGAGAAUCGUCCAAUAUAGUGUAACUAGAUUUUUUUUAGAAAAUAGAUUUUUUUUUCUGUUCAAGUAACGAAGAGGUCUAUUAAUCAAUAAUUGUUUUGUUUUUUUAAAUAAACAAUUAUGGAUUAAUUUUUUUUUAAUAUUGGCCUUUUUGUGGCUGAAUAGAUUGUAAGCGUGUUCAAUAGAUUAUGAUUAAAUAUGUAUAAAAAUAAUCCAGAAAGCUUGAGAACUGUGAGUUAAUAAGCCGGUAGUGAAAACGUUUACAUUAAAAUAAAAAAUCAUAAAAUAAUAAAUAAAAAAAAAUAUGAACAGGAAACUUAGCAGGUUUAUUGUGAAUAACAAAUUGUAUAUAACUGUAAACAUAUAUUUGAAUGAUUGUAUGAAACAAAAAUCUAUAAAAAAAAUAUUAUAAAUUGAAAACCUACCUUUAAGUUCAGCAAAUUAUAAUUUUAAGCUUUGACAGAAGGUAUGGAAAAAAAAUUAAUGUAAAUAAAAUAUUGAGUAUCAUUAACGAUACUAAGACUAGUCAGUGUGUAUAUAUAUAAAAAUUAUUGUAAAUAAUAUGGUACAUUAUAAUUAUUUGUUGAUUUGUUUCCUUGACUGAUGCCAUUGAUGCCAUACUGCAAAAAUUAUAAAUAUGAUUGCUUCAGUUAAUUUUUUUACAUAUAGACGUAUUUAAAUUAUAUAUAUGAAAAUAAAUAUAUAUAUGUAUGGUUGAAAUA